CUGGGCGGUCUGCAGCCUGGAGCGUCUCUAUGACUCCCGUGCAGCCGCUCUAGCCCGCGCAGGGGGCGGUCGGAGCGGCUGCGCUAGGCAGCGGGAGGUCCAACUCGUUGGCAGGGACGCGGCCUCCAUGCGGGCCCUAAGGAAGGUGCUAAUCACGGUCGCAGCGGUGGGCGCAGGGGCGGGCAUAGGGUCCGCGCUGUUUGCCCUGGUGACCCCGGGGGAGCUGCAGAAGCAGGCGAUGCUGAAGGAGAUCCCCGAGCAGCACCCGCAUCACAGGGACGAGAAAGCAUACACCCAGAGACUCGUGAUGGCCACGCUGCAGGAGGCCGCGGCCACACAGGAGAACGUGGCGUGGAGGAAGAACUGGCAGGAAGGCGGAGGCAGCGGCACCAAGGGAACUACGCGAUGCUCAAUUUUUCUUUCAGGAGGAUUGAACCCAGGGCCCUCGCCCUUACUACAUCCCCAGCAGCCCCACUCCAUUUUUUAAAUUUUGAGACAGGAUCAAACUCUCCAGUAAACUCAUCAGUGUACACCUGUAUAGUGUUAGGUUGAGGGACAUGUAGCACCUAAGGAGCAAUGCCUUUUAUGGCCACUAGUGUGACAUUGGUGAAAAGAACUGUCUAAAGAUCUGGUUCAACUCUUUCCUGCAUGUUAGGAGUUUCGGUUGAGGUGGUGCACACCUGUGAUUCCAGCACUCAGCAGGCUGAGCCAAGAGGAUCGCUGAGUUUGAGGCCAGCCCAGGCUACAUAGGAAGGCCCUGUUCAAAAAAACAUAAAGGGGGCUGGGGAUUUAGCUCAGUGGUGUUGCUGCCUGCCUUGCAAUUGGAAGGUCCCAAGUCAGUACCCGGUACCAAAAACAAAAACCAUAAAGGGCAGUGCCUGGGCUCAGUAAAUGUGGGCUGUUACCCCUGUGCUCCCCCAAGGUUUUUACUAUUAGUUUCCAGCCCCUCACUCCACCCUCACUGGGCAUGGAACCCAAGGGCUCUCUAGCACUGAGCUAUAUCCCCAACCCUUUUUAUUUGGAGAUAGGGUCUAAGUUGCUAGGCUGGGCUUCAACUUUAUUCAGUUUGAACCUUGGCCCAGCCUCUGGCUUACUAAGCACAUGGGUUCUCACUGAACAACACCCUCAGCCCAUGUAUUUCAUCCCCUGUGGAGCCUAAGCAUGACGAAGAAAGGUUGUAUUGAUUAAAGCCAGAACACUACUCUGUUAGAAACUAGGGCUGGGAGGUAGCUCAGUGGCACCACACCUGCCUCACAAGCAAGUUCCUGAGUUCCAUCCCUGGUCCCAGCCCCCCAAAAAGAAAUUAAAUCCAGGCAAGAAUAUAUAAGGCCAACACCUUCCCUUUCUCAUUAACUUAUACCCUGCCCAGCUAUUCAGGAAGGAGCCCGGCAUGUACAGAACACAGUCCAUUUAUUAAGAGGAAGAUGUCAGUGCCUUAACAAAGAUGUAGGUCAAGGAUGGUGGGAUAAGGUUCUUCAGCUGGGACAUUUCUUGGCCA